UAGUGUGUGUGUUUUUGGCUCUCUUUAAUGACAUGCUUUAAUGAUGAUUGGAUCUUCCAGCGCUUAAAAAUGUAUAUGAAUUUCAACCAGAUUAUGCCAACCGCGAAUCUUCUGUUUCCGCACUUGUGUGUUGCACAUUUCAACGCCACGCUGCGGUCUGUUUUAUUUCAUGUGCGAUGGAGGCUGUUGAUGGUGCUCCAGCAAGAGAAGUGUGCAUCAAGUGGAUCAGGAGUUGACAACAGAUGCGUCGCUGCAAGCAGAAGCAGAGAGAUCCGUGCAGGACAAGACUUCAACACAACGAGCAGGAUGAUUUCCUGGAACGAUUAUGGAUUUAAUUAGUUAUCAUAAUUUUGAAUUACUUGCCUGCACCAUUCUCAUCUCAUCACUGUUUGUGAUAAAUGGUGCCUCUCCUGACAGGCUGCCUCAAACUCUGGACCUGUGCUCUCCAAACCCGUGCCAAAACAGGGCAAUAUGCAGAACCCACAGGGACGGCUACUCGUGCUUCUGUGUGCCGGGGUUCCAGGGGGCUCACUGUCAGAUUGAUGUGAAUGAGUGUGUUUCACAGCCCUGCAGCAACGGAGCCACCUGUGUGGACAAAGUGGGCAGGUUCUCCUGUCUGUGUUCUCCCGGGUUUACUGGGGCCACUUGUGAGGUCCAGAUUGAUGAGUGUCAAUCACAGCCGUGUCUCAGUGGUGGCAGUUGCCAUGACUACGCUGGUGGCUUCACUUGCACCUGCCUUCCCGGUUUCCAAGGACACCGGUGUGAAAUCAACACGGACGAGUGCCAAGAGCGGCCGUGCCAAAAUGGGGCUCGGUGUAUAGACGGGGUGAAUGAAUAUAGCUGUGACUGCUCUCACACAGCCUUCACAGGCAUCCACUGUGAGACACCACUACCUCAAUGCCACUCUGAACCCUGCUUCAACAGCGCCAUCUGUACGGACGACCAGGGUAACUACACCUGUGAAUGCUGGCCAGGGUUCCAAGGGCAUCAGUGUGAGAUAGACAUCAGUGAGUGCAGCAGCAGCCCCUGCAUGCACGGAGGCCGCUGCAUUGAGAGGUCAUGGCAGGCCCUGUAUGGCAGUGAGCCUCUGCUCCCUGAAUAUUAUGACCAGCAGCAUGCUGCAGGCUACAUCUGCAGCUGUCCUCCAGGAACAACAGGUUCCCUCUGUCAGGAGGUGAUAAACCAGUGUGAUCCCAGUCCCUGCCAGAAUGAGGGCAGGUGUGAGAGCCAUGUUGGAGGCUACACUUGCCACUGCCUCAAGCAGAGUCAUGAUGGCAUUCUCUAUGGAGGUGUAAACUGUGAUGUGAAGCUGGUGGGCUGUGAGGGACAUGAAUGCCAGAACCAAGGCUCCUGCUCUCCCUUUCUGUUGGAUGGGACUCACGGUUACACCUGCUCCUGCUCAGCGGGGUACACUGGACCCCUCUGCGUGACCCUUACCACAUUCUCCUUUGAACGCAGAGGCUACCUGCUGCUUCAGAGUCCCUUAGUGGAUGCUGAGGUCUCUUGCAACAUCACUCUCAGCUUCAAGACUGUUCUGCCCAGAGCAGUGUUGUUCCAGCGGAACAACAGGGGCCUGCUGCUGAGCCUGGAGCUGGAGGGAGGACAGCUUCGUCUCACACUGUGGAAGGAGGCUUCUGCUGGUGCUGAAGCAGAGCUUUCUAGCCAGUCUCUGGAGCUUCCACACAAUGUCACAGACGGAGAGUGGCAUUCUGUAGAGGCCCUGCUUGGAAACUGGGUGCUCAGCCUGAAACUCUUGGAUGACACUGGGAGCUGUGGGAACCAGUCAUGCCACAGGGUGGCCCCACUCCAAAGCACCCUGGGCAGGCUGGUGGCGCAUCCUCAGAACACUUUUAUCGGAGGAGUGCUUCAGGACUCAAAUGGCCCUAGUGAGGCCUCUCCACUUCCAGCAUUUAUUGGCUGCAUGCGGGAUGUGUUUGUGGACUGGCAGCUCGUCGUCCCUGAGGAAUGGCUGAGUGACUCUGCUGUUAAUGUGUCCCCUGGCUGCAGCCACAGGGACCGCUGCCUGGAUGUGCCUUGCCAAAACAGAGGACAGUGUGUCAACCUGUGGCAGAGCUACCAGUGCUUGUGUCCAAGGCCUUAUGAGGGGCACGACUGUGAGGAGGAGCAUGUGACUGCACGCUUUGGGAAUGAGGACUCUCACAGUUACGCUGCGUUCACAGUCACUGAUGAUCUGGGUCACGACCUCCACAUUUCCCUCUUCCUGCGUACACGGAGGCGCAACGGACUCCUCCUGGUGCUCGCCAACAGCAGCAGCCAGUACCUGCACAUGUGGCUGGAGGACGGCAGGGUCACGGUUCAGCUCAACAACAACUUCGAGACUCUGCGGGGAGUGAGUGCGGUCAAUGACGGGGAAGUCCACUUUGUGAGUGUAGAGGUGGCGGAGGAUCAUAUGGCGCUGUACAUAGCGGCUCAGAAACAGGGUGAUGUGGAGAUCAGGACAGUAGAUGUCCAAGCGGGAGAUACUGUGUAUGUGGGAGGUCUGUUGGAGAGCAAGACGACUUCAGUGUUUGGUGGAUAUUUUAAAGGUUGCAUCCAGGACCUGAGGAUCAGUGACACUAGAUUGCAAUUCUUUGGGUUGGACACCUCAGUGAGAACUUAUCCUUUGGAGUUCAUGGAGAAUGUGACCAGUGGUUGCUCAGGGGACAACGCCUGUAGUAGGAACCCUUGUCUCAACGGAGGGAUGUGUUACUCCAAGUGGGAUGACUUUACCUGCACCUGCCCCCCGAGCACAGCAGGGCGGCACUGUGAAGAGGUCAGGUGGUGCGAGCUGUCCCCUUGCCCCACAGACUCAGAGUGCAGGAUGCUGAUCCAGGGAUAUGAAUGCUACUCCAAUGCAACUUUCAUGAAUGACAGCACUGUGCUGUCCUACCGGGGAAACGGCCAUAUAUCCCGCAAUCUAACCAACCUCUCCCUAAACCUGCGCACACGGAGGCGUAAUGCAGCUAUCCUGCAUGCAGAGAAGGGCUCAGCAUUCAUCACACUCUCUGUCCAGGACGGGUUCCUCUUCAUGGAGCUUCAGAGCACCGCUUCAGACGACAGUGAGGGGGAGGGAGGGGAAGGUGUGUCUACAGUCAGCCUCAGCAGCCGGAGGAGUGUCAGUGAUGGUGAGUGGCACAGUGUCCAUGUGUUCAUGGCAGCGCCGUGGGCACCAACCUCCCGGUGGAUGCUGGUUCUGGAUGAAGAAAUAGAGGAAGCCAGCACUUCCAGGAGCCAGGGAGGCAACAUGGACUUCCUCAGGCAGGAGGUGGACAUCUUCUUGGGGGGCCUGGCCCCCGAUGCCGGCUGGUCGGUGGCUGGAUGUCUGAGCACAGUUGAGCUGGGUGGCAUUGCCCUGCCUUACUUCAGCUCCUCUGAUGUGAACCUCCCGCGCCUACAGGAGGAGCAGUUCAUCCAGACAUCACUGCAACCACCGCUCCUUGGCUGCAAUGGGGCCCCCGUGUGUGAGCCCAACCCCUGCCUGAACGGAGGGGAGUGCCAGGACCACUUCAACACCUACAACUGCAGCUGUGCAGAGGGCUGGGCCGGGAGACGCUGUGACUUCUUCACCAACACCUGCGCUUCCGGUCCCUGUGUCCACGGCAACUGCAGCGUCAACGGGCUGACCUACGAGUGCACCUGUGAGUUUGGCUACGCAGGUGUGGACUGUGAGGAGGAGGUAGAUGUGUGUGAAAACCACCUGUGUGCCCAUGGAGGCACCUGUCUGCACGGGCCGGACAGGUACGCCUGCCUCUGCCCUGAGAACUACACCGGACCCCUCUGCAAUGAACGCAUUGAAGAAAUUCCGUGGUACAUUGUUGUCAGAAAAGUACGGCCCAAGCUGCCUGUUUCUGUGUGUGGCGAUGACACCAGAAACUACACCUGCUUCAACGGAGGCAACUGCACUGAGCGAGAGCUUUCCUGUGACUGUCCCCCCGGCUUCAUCGGACACCGGUGUGAGCAGGAGGUGGAUGAGUGCAAGUCCAACCCCUGUCUGAACGGAGGCUACUGCCGCAACCUCAUCAACAAGUUUAUCUGCGUGUGCGACAUGAGCUACGCUGGAGACUUAUGCCAGACGGAUCUGACCUCUGAGGGUUUGACCUCUGACCUCUUACUGUCCAUCAGUCUGGUGUCUGUUGUCCUGCUGCUGGUUCUCAUCCUGACCUCCAUUGGACUGGUGGUGGCGCUAAACCGCCGCGCCACCCACGGCACCUACAGUCCAAGCCGGCAGGAGAAGGAGGGAUCGAGGGUGGAGAUGUGGAGCAUCACCCAGCCGCCACCUAUGGAGAGACUGAUAUGAGAUGCAGGUGGGGGCAGUGUUUACAUGCAGGCUCUCACUGUUAGAGUCGUGUAGGAGCUGAUAAGCAGAAAUACUCCUGAUACCAGAUGUAUGGCCAACUCAGAUGGGAUUGAACAUCUGGAUCCUGCCUGUAAACAUGGUCUUCACCUCGCAGUACCUCCAUCCUAAAACUAUCGUUGCUGUCUUUCUUCAUUCGCCAAUGCACAUGCUGGAAGACUGUAUGAGAUCUUGUGUGUAAAUACGUAGCCCAGAGAUGUUUUGCACCUGGCUUCACCACCCAGCAGUUCAUCCAUCUAAAUGCAAAGAUCUGCAAUCAGCAGGUAUUGAGUCUGUCACAUCAUUGUGUCCAUAAUUAUAGAGCUGAUGGACCAGUGAACACACACACACACACACACACACACACACACACACACACACACACACACACACACACACACACACACACACACACACACACACCACACACACACACACACACACACACACACACACACACACACACACACACACACACACACACACACACACACACACACACACUUACACUAUAUCUUAAAACCUCAUCCCGAAACAAGCAGAAUAAAUCUAAACAUUCCUUAUUUAAAUUCGAUCCAUGUGUAUUUAUUACAGGAAAAUUGUCUCUUCUACUUCUAGUAGUCAUCUUUCAGGAUUAUAGUUGCACUAGUUGAGAAUAGUUUCUUCAAGGUUGGCUUGUAUAUUGUUAGUAACUCGAGCUGUCUGAUUUAAGUUGUAAUUUUAAUUGUACAUACUGUUCUGAUUGUUUUGCUUAUUAUUUUUUAAACUGUGAAUUUUACUUUGUACCUUUUUUAAUUAUUGGCAGCUGUACGGAAAAUCUGUUGGAAAAUUAAAGUGAAUUUAUUCGUGUUGAUUUAUUCAAGGUCUACAAAGUGUUACGUCUUUAGGGACAGUGUGAUUCUGCUUUUAGUGUUUGCUUAAUCAAUAAACCGACACGCUUAUAGUCACACGCUCUGUCACCUCCAAGUGCAUAGAGACCCAAAAACCAACCAGUGCUCCUGUACUGGAAUAACACCUGGCCCCAGGUUUUCUGUCUGUCUUAUUUGUGGCAAUUUAAUGAAAUGCAGCUUUGGAAAAUGCACAGUGUGGACCCUGGGGCAGUUUCUUGCUUUACCUGGUUUUGGCUGUGUGAACUGUAAAUACACAAUAAACCACACUGACUAUUUUGUCAAUACAACACAUGUUUUUUUUUUUCCCCACAUAAUGUGAGUCUAUGUUGAUACAGUGUUUUGGUAUAAAGAAAAUGAGUCUGGUGAUGCAUAGGAAUGAAACAGUAUAAUUUAUUUUCAGUUCACAGUGCAUACAUUACGUGCAGUUGUACCAAGUUACUCAUCAUCAAUAGCUCAUUAGAUUGACCUCAGUUGUUUAAGACAGUUGUUUUCUCUGCCAUGAAAACAUGCAAGUGUGCACAGAAUCAGAAAAUCAGUAAAUGGCAUACAGAAAAGUUAAUCAUCAUUACGAUACCCAAACAAGAGACUGAAAUGAAAACUAAAAAGUUGCUUACUGUAACAUUCAGUGUAUUUGUCCAUAUACUGAAAAUAUUAAUUUUUUUUUUUUAAAUGCGUAAUUUCAGGGAAAUGAUGUUAAUAUCUCUGUAAAGUUGAACGCUGCUACAUAGUCUUUCAACCUCCUCUCACUCCAAAUUUGCAAUUUCAGGACACUUAUACUUACUAUAUAUUUACUGUUCGCUUAGCUGUCACAAGCCUGCAGACAUUGAAAUGCAAAUCCCCUGACAAUCCUCUCUAUGUCGUUGAACGACGUUAGUGUAAACGGGACCAGAGUUACGGUUAGAUUUACAGUAGCCGGUUAACCAAAAAAAAGUAGAAAUGCUUUCCUCUACAUAAAUUGCAAGGCAGAUGACAAUCAACUCUACAAUACCCAAUGCAAGGCAGAAUGAUGUUCAUUUCCAUCAUUUUUGAUUUGAUGGAAUUGCUAAAUACUGAACUAAUAAUCAAUACCAAAAGAAUAAACAACAACUGUAAAACUAAACAAAACAAAAUCAUAGCAUACAACACAUACAGGUACAUACAUGCAGAUACAACAGUAAGCAUUGUACCAUGUACAAGUAAGCGUCAGUCUCUGCUCAUUAAAACGUGUCAGAUGCUCCUGAACAUGAAUGGCUACAUGGGACAUUUUGUUAAUAUUCUCUCUCUAUUUCAUUUCUCCAAAAAUAAAAUCUAAAACAUUCAAAUAUUAGGUGUCUUUUUUUUUUUUUU